AUGAACGCCAAGCUUCUCAUCCUUGUCUCCCUUCUUGUCAUCUGCGCCUUCGUCGCUGAGACCGAUGCUCAAUACUACUACGGAUCCUACGGAUACCCAUCCUACUAUGGAGGAUACGGAGGAUACGGAUACGGAAGCUACUACGGAUACCCAUCAUACUACGGUGGAUACGGAUACUAUGGAAAGAGAGAGGCUGGAUUUGGACCAAGUCAACAGAACAAUCAAUAA